AUGGUCUAUCGAAUCCAUGCAGACAAGGGCAGCGCAGCCAAUAUCCUGCAGCUGGCUGUCAUCCAGCAGAUGGGCUUGGAGGCAAAGAUCAACAAAUCAACCAGAUCGCUGACCAGCUUCAAUGGUGCAACAACGGUUACCGUGGGCACAAUAGACCUCGACGUCUACUCCCCACCUGUAGUCUGCUUGCAAACGUUCAUGGUCAUUGAUGAGGUCUCACCCUACAACGGCAUUCUGGGCAAGCCAUGGGGGUGGUGUUGGACAAUCAACGCCAUCACCUCUGCCACACAUCAGAAAAUCCGCUACCCAAUCCCUGGGGGUGGUGUUGGACAAAUCAACAGUGAUCAGGAGGAAAUGCUCUGCCCAAGGGCUGAAGAAAAGCAAGCAAGCACAGUUCCUCCCAGUAAACCAGGCAGAUCUGAAGGAGGUGGAACAACCGAACCUUACUCUCUUAUAGCAAUCAAAGCGUCAGGACCAAGCCGAAGAAGUCUAUCCAGAGGUCUUUCCUGA